UUGGAUAUUUUUUGGACUGAUAAGAAGCGACGCAAUUAGGUUGUGCAAAUAAAGGCGAAAAAAAGCUCAACAUGAGCGGCAACAUACACGGCAUCAGUUGGUUUCCCAACUUCCCCGACAAGUUUGUCUCAUGGGGCCAGGAAAUCAAUUUGUACGAAGUGCGUAGCAAGGACGACCUGGCAGCCCAGAAGAGCCGCCUGCCCUACAUUCCCGUCAACUUUCUUUCGAACGAAACGCGCUAUCAAUACGCUCGAUGCGUGGCCACCUCCUAUCACAGUGACCAGCCAAUUAUCGCCGUUGGCCUGGCCGAUGGCAAAAUUGGCAUUUGCAACUUUCGGGACACCUACGAGAGCAGUUGGGAGUACACGCCGCGGCAGCAGCGCAUGUGCACCUGCCUGGCCUGGAAUGAGUUGGAUGCAAACAUAUUGGCCAUUGGCCACGACCGACAUCGCUCCGACUCCUGCAUCACCAUCUGGGACAUUGAGCGCGGCGUGCCUAAGGAAACAGCUAAUUUCUUUGGCAUGGCCGAAGCAGCCAAUUCUCUGUGCUGGGAUCACAAUCACCGCGUGCUCAUAGCGGGCAUGAGCCAGAAACUGAUUAAGCUUUUCGAUCUGCGACAGAGCAACGCCACCUGCCAGUCUAUACAGACAAAGACGGUGCAGGGCUUGUCUGUGGCGCCCAAUGGUAACUAUCUGUGCAGCUAUGUGGACUCGGUCAUUAUGCUGUGGGAUCUGCGUGCCAUUGAGCGACCGCUGCGCCAGAUCCAGUCCUCGCGGAAUCACAUGCAGAUUGGCUGGUGCCCAACGCGCACGUCUCUGCUGUCCUCGCUCCAGCGCGACUCGCCCUAUAUUACGCUCUACGACAUACGUAGCGUGGACAACGAAUCCAGCCGGGAGGUGUACCACGUAAAGCGGCAAAUUAGUCCGUUCCCGGCCAAGUAUCAGCACAGUGGUAAAUUUGCCGCUGUCAAUUGGCUGUCAUGGCAUCCGCGUGACUUCGAGCGGGCGCUGCUGCUGGCGGAUGCGCUGAAUAUUCUAGAUUUUCGGCUGCCUGCCAGCUUGCAUACAGCGUACAGUAAUCGGAGCAAGUUGCCGCUGCUCAUGCAACGUCCGCUUUAUGCGGCUGCCGCUGUUAGCUCGCCCACGGACAGCCAACAGCCGACGACGAGCAGUUGCAGUUCGAAUAGUGCCGCCAGCUCUCUCAAUGAGUACAUCGUCGGGUCCUCCCUGAGCCUUGACUAUCUGCAACGCGAGCUCUUCGAGGAGGAUCUGUUGGAGGAGACGCGACAGCGAGCACUGCAGGACUACGGCAUAAAUCCCGAGAACAAACGAUUUGCUGAACUACAUCUGAGCCCGUAUUUGCGCAAUGUGUGGGCCACUCUAAUCAAUGUCUUCUGCGAGGAGCGCUUGGCGGGUUUAAAGGCCACGCUAGGCAUCAAUCUGGGCCACACCUCGGAGGCGUUGAUGGCCAGUUCGCGCAUUGAGUCGCAGCUGCUGCAGUGGCCCGAUGGCAUUAACAACUCCAACAAACUCAUUUCCUAUCGCAGCGAACAGCGGGAUUUGGCCCUGCAGCUGUGCGGCUGGUCAUUUGAGCACGAGCUGGACCGUUUCAUAGAUGAGCUUUAUGCGAACAAGGAGUUCAGUCGGGCGGCGAUGAUCUGCGUGUUCCAUCUGAAGGUGCUGACUGCCUGCAAUAUACUGUCUCGGGCGGCGGACAAGAUGCGCGAUCCGAGCAUGUAUCGGAUAACGGCGAUCGCGUUGUCCAGCUUCAAUGCGGAUCGCUGCAGCUCGACCUGGCGCAACCAGCGCUCCAGUGCCAACAUGCAGAUACAGGAUCCGCACUUGAGGGCCAUUUUCUCAUUCCUAACAAUGGAAGCGGACAAUUUUGAUGCGGUGCUCAGAGAGGAGGGCGUCUCGCUGGCAGAUCGCGUGGCCUUCGCUUGCAAAUAUCUGUCCGAAACAAAGCUGACGGAGUAUAUCAAGCAGCGCAUACAGCGCGCCAUCGAAUGCGGCGAUCUCAACGGACUGCUGCUCACUGGCGAAUCCUUAGAUGGCAUCAAUAUACUGCAGGCCUACAUGGACGCCAGCUUUGAUGUGCAAACAGUGGCUCUGGUGGCCAUAAAUUACUUCCGUAAUGAGCAUCAGGCGGACAAUCGCAUCCAGUACUGGAUAUCCAGCUAUUUAGACUAUCUGAACAGCUGGGGUCUGUGGGAGAAGCGGGCCGAGCUAGAUAUAAAAAUAGAGAGCAUGCGCGCCUCAGCGAGAAGCUCGCGUACCGUUUACCUAUCGUGCAAUUUCUGUGGAAAAUCCGUGUCCAACGCGCUGCUCGAUGAACCGCGUCCAAGAAGCACAAGCACCAGCACAAAUCGCUUAUCUUCCUGCCCCAGCUGCCGCAAGCCCUUGCCGCGCUGCUCGCUCUGCCUGAUGCACAUGGGCACCAUCAUGAAUACAAGCGCCAGCGAGACUAGCUCCACAGAGCUACAGGGCAGCUGGCAAAUGAAACCCUUUUCCAAGUGGUUCUCCUGGUGUCAGACGUGUCGCCACGGUGGCCACACAGAGCACAUUUUGCAAUGGUUCAAGCAGAAUCCUGAAUGUCCUGUGUCCUCCUGCAAUUGUCGCUGCUUUGACAUGGACGGCAUCAAGCCGAAUGCUUUGCGUGAUAUAUCCUAGCUGCUGCCAGACUUUGAACUACAACACAAACAAACACCCACGCCAUAUGGUUCGCCUUAAACUGAUAAGUGUUCAUUGUACUUAGACCACGGCUGAUGAGCCUGUAGCUUUAGUUUCUUAUGACCUACAGCUUUUAGCUGCUCAAUUGCAUUUUUUACUAACCUAGAUCAAAGGAAAACACACAAAUACAUAACGAAGCGAAA